UACAGUACAAAUAUUUUCAUUCACGUUGACGUAACUUUCUAACUACCAAUAAAUGUUGAUUAUGUUAUAAUUUUGUUUGUAUCUAUCGGUUAACUGCAAUUUCAUUCCCGAUAGCGGUAAAAUAUAUAACUGGUUCCCUACCUUGAGACUGAGCGAUGAGUUUGCGAGGGAGUAGGUCUAGUUUAUCUUCACGACACACUGGCAGCGAGAACCAGUCCAAGUUCAUCCAGGACCGCGUGGCGGGGGCGGAGCGACACCUCGGCGAGCUGUGCCAGGAGAUCGGCGCGUACGCUCGCAAGACGGCGCACCUCCGCGACAAGGGAGACGAGAUCGCCGCUACGUUGUUCGCUUACGCUGAGAGCGAGCACUACAACCAGACGCUGCGGGAGGCGAGCGUACAGUUUGCCGAGGGACUGGCCGCCGUGCAGGAUUACAGGCAGGCCGAGAUUGACAGACUAGAAGCGAAGGUUUUACAACCGUUUGCUCAGUUCGGUGGCACCGUGAAACACAUUAAGGCGGAGACAGAGCUCAUGCGGGCCAGCGUGGACGCGUUGCGGUCCGGUAAAGCCCUGGAAGAACAGCUCGAUCAGUUUGAGAGAAAGAAGAUUGCUCUGCUGAAGGAGUCGCCUGACACAGUUUGGUGAAGGUCGGAAGUU